GUAUUUGCGUACGAUCUGUUUACAAACAAACCUUUGCGAGCAGCGGUUGCGAUCUGAGCGGACCGCACACGUCAAGAGAGGAAACCAACCGCGCAGGGAUCAGUCCAAUUUUGCAGCUUGAGUUUUGGUCCGCGACAUCCGUACAGGGUACUCGCCUUAGUGCUGCGGUGAAGGUCAUCGACGCAGCCAACAGCCAACAGCAAGCUCUUCGACCCACCGGCACUGGGUAGUCGCACGAACAACAGCGCCAACCACCACAGCCAAGCGCAGCUUAAGCGGAGGGUCCCUCGCUCAACUCAACAAAAGGCUCACAAGACAAUCAACCAAAAAUGAAGUCUCUGUUACUACUCUCCGCGAUAGUGACGAUUAUUGCGGCCCAGAGAGACUACACCACGCCGGUGCCGAUCCUGAAGCAGAUCAACCGACACAACGAGGACGGCAGCUACAGCUACGGCUACGAGGCGGCGGACGGUACGUUCAAGAUCGAGACCAAGUACCCGAACGGGGAGGUGCAGGGCAAGUACGGCUACGUGGACGACGGUGGCAAGCUGCGCGAGAUCGAGUACGGUGCGAGCAAUCGCGGUUUCGAGCCUCAGGGUACGGACAUUAACGUGCCACCGCCGACGCUAAGCAACAGCAACUAUCCGCCGCUCGGCCCGAACGAGGAAGACGACGGCCAGUACCGGGAGGACCCGAGCAUCUACUACAAGGACUCGCGCUACAACUCGAAACCGGCGCCGUACAAUGCGCCGCGCCCCGCACCGGUAGCGUACAGCCCGGCCCCGCAGCAGUACUACCGCGACGCGGCGUCGCAGCCGGAGCAGCCGGCCACCAGCUACCAGCCGCAGCACCGAUUCCAGCCCCAGCCCCAGCACCAUCAGCAGCAGCAGCAGCAGCAGUACUAUCAGCAGCCGGCGGUGCCUCAGCACCGGGCCGACAUCUGGCACCCGAACGCGAAGGUCGACAUCAACACGGGCUCGUACUCGCUGAGCUACACCGGCAGAUAAGGUGACGGGCGGACCUGAGACCCCGGCACAGACAAUCCAAAUCCAAAUCCAAACAGACCGUCCAACAUGGCAACUCGCACCGAGAGAAAACGACAACAACAAAAAGCAACAACCACUCUAAUACAUCCUAAGUCAUAGACACGGUGACACGGUCUUCCCUGUGAAUACUCUUCUCCACCCUCUCCACCCCCCCCAAAAACAGCACAGGAAGUCUAGCUAUAACACACUCCGACGGUCACCGUUUAUUUGUAUGGUUUUGUUUUUGAUUCUGCGCGUCCGUCGCAGUGACCAACUCCGAACGUCGGGUGGGGAAAAGGAAGGGAAAGAAGGCCGCAGAGAUGAAUGGACGGCCAGGGCACAGCAGGCGCAAUAAAAGCGGGUAGAGAUGAGCCUCUAUUUCCAAAUCGAAA